AUGGCGGCAUCGACCUCAGGCGAAGAGCACCAACCCGAGAAGGAGGUCCCCACAAGCACCUCAGAUGCUGAGGCCGGUAUCUCCGUCGCUGGGAAGCCGUGGAUGUAUAGACCAUGGAAAGUCGGACCAUGGACACUGCCUUGGUUUGCUUCCCCGGAGGCCCAGCUGAUAUUGGUCUCCUUUGUUUGCUUCCUCUGUCCCGGCAUGUUCAAUGCCGUCAGUGGUCUCGGAGGUGGUGGUCAGGUCAAUAAGACUGAUGUCAGCAAUGCAAACACCGCUUUGUACAGCACUUUUGCCGUAGUCGGUUUCUUCGCCGGCUCCAUUACCAACCGUGUUGGCCUCCGCCUAACUCUCUCCGUUGGUGGCUUUGGCUACUUCCUCUAUGUAGCAUCCCUCCUUUCCUACAAUCAUAACCAGAAUGCCGGCUUCCUCAUCUUUGCGGGUGCCCUCUUGGGUGUUUGCGGUGGCCUACUGUGGUGCGCCCAAGGAGCUGUCAUGAUGAGCUAUCCGCAGGAGAAAGAAAAGGGAAAAUUUAUCUCCAUCUUCUGGGUCAUUUUCAACUUCGGUGGCGUUAUCGGCAGUUUGAUUCCCCUUGGACAGAACAUGCACUCAGAUGCGGGUCGAGUCAAUGAUGGUACAUACAUCGCCUUCAUGGUGCUCAUGGCGGUUGGUUUUGCCCUCGCCUGGUGUCUAUGCGAUUCCAAGUGCGUCCAGCGCAAGGAUGGUUCGCAUGUUAUUGUGAUGAAAAACCCAACGUGGAAAUCUGAAUUCAUCGGUCUCUACGAAACACUACGCAGCGACUAUUACAUUGUACUGUUCUUUCCACUGUUUUUGGCAAGCAACUGGUUCUAUGGCUAUCACUUCAACAGCGUCAAUGGCUCAUACUUCAAUGUGCGCACCCGAUCGCUGAACAGUCUUCUCUACUGGCUCAUGCAAAUGGUUGGCGCCUUGGUUUUUGGUUACACUCUCGAUAUGAAAUAUUAUUCCCGUCCCAUGCGGGCCAGAAUCAACCUGUUCCUCCUUUUUUCUAUCACUAUGGGCAUCUGGGGUGGUGGAUAUGCUUUCCAGAAGCAGUAUACCCGCGAAACCGUCUUAGAACCCAAAGACUUCACCAGCAGCGGCUAUGUUGGACCCAUGUUCCUAUACAUGUUCUACGGUUUCUACGACGCCGCUUUCCAAACUUGUGCUUAUUGGUUCAUGGGGUCCCUCACAAACAAUGGCCGUAAAUUAGCCAACUUUGCAGGUUUCUACAAGGGGAUCCAAUCUGCUGGUGCGGCGGGAAUGUGGCGAAUGGAGGGAGUGGAAACACCUUUCAUGACCGAAUUUGCCUCCUGUUGGGGCUUACUUCUUGGCAGUCUCCUGAUUGCCUCCCCUGUGAUUCUAUUCAAGAUCAAGGAGCACUCAGACGUGGAUGACGACCUUAGGUUCUCCGAUGAGACGGCACAAGAUGUGAUGGGCAUUCCCAUGGAAGAUCAACCGACUGAGAAGAGGGACGAGAAGCAUGUGCCCAUUGCAUGA